GGAAAUCGCCGUGUUUUUUUUCCUCCACAAAAUGACGCUUUUCCCGCAGUUUUCGGCCGCACGAGGCCGUUCCGUGGCGGGGGACAGCGGGUGUUUCCCGUGAGGAGAACACGGAGGGCCCAGCUCUGCCCCGGCCGCGCCGCGGGCAGCACCAAACCCCCCGCGCUGCACACGCAGUGCCCGCGCUGCGGGGCCCGCGGGCGGGGCAAUGGCGUGACCCGCAGGGACGGACGGGCCCGCCCACCGCCGCCGCUUCCGGGCACUACGGCGGCCGGCGGGGGACAAGCGGCGGCGCUGCGUGAUUGCGUUGUGCGUGUGUGCGUCACUUCCGUGCGGCGGCGGCGGGAGCAUCAUGCCCAAGUUUUACUGCGAUUACUGCGACACGUACCUCACCCAUGACUCCCCCUCCGUGAGAAAAACCCACUGCAGUGGCCGGAAGCACAAGGAGAACGUGAAGGACUAUUACCAGAAAUGGAUGGAGGAGCAGGCCCAGAGCCUGAUUGACAAAACAAGUGUGACUGAAGCACGUCAGCGUGUUCUGUGCCAGUUCCUGGGGCCCCCUUCCCCUUGCUUUCUUCUGAGGAAUGGUUCUUCUCUCUGUGGAAUACGAACACCAGACUGGCUUUGUGGCAGCUCUCCUUGGAUCACAGGAUAUCUCCAGUUGGGAAGGGCCCCUCAGGAUCACUGCCCCCACUCCCAGGUCCAUGCAGGACAGCCUGAGACUAAGCCAUGUGGCUCAGAGCAUCACCCAGGUGCUCCCUGAGCUCUGGCAGGGCCGGAGCCAUGCCCACUCCUGGGGAGUGUUCCAGUGUCCCACCACCCUCUGGUGGAAGAGCCUGUUCCUAAAACCUCCCAUCUGGGCUUCCCCUGACGCAUCCUCGUUCCAUUUCCUUUUGCCCAUUUUCCUUGUGAUGCCUCCAGCCUUCCCACCUUUCGCUCUCCUCCUGCUCGACCCCAGCCUCUCGUCUCUGUGCCCUCCCCCCGUUCCUGCUCCCCGUCCCCCCCAGCCCGUGUCCCGUUGCCGUUCCAGCACAGCAUGUCCCGUGGAGCGCUGCGGAUCCCGCCGUGUGUGUGGCGUUCCUGUGUCCCCCUCGGUGCCUGGGGGGUGUGACCCCCUGAGCUCCCCAGUGCCGCUGUAACAGUGCUUGUCUCCAGGAGUGCCCGCAGGGACGUGUCCGGAGCCGGCUGCAUGACGCGACGUUCUCUCCGCGGGGCAUGAGCGGACGAGUCCCCGGCGCUUCCUCGGCCUAGUAACUGGUUUUUUUUUCCCUGGGAUUCUUUCUUUCCUUUUUUUUUUUUUUCUUUUCCCCC